AUGCACCCGUUUCAGUGGUGUAACGGGUGCUUCUGUGGUCUGGGACUGGUUUACGCCAACAAGUCGUGCACCAUGCCGCCCAUCACCUUCCAGGACCUGCCUCUGAACAUCUACAUGGUCAUCUUCGGGACGGGCAUCUUCGUCUUCAUCCUGAGCCUCAUCUUCUGCUGUUACUUCAUCAGCAAACUCCGACACCAGGCCCAGAGUGAGCGGUUUGGAUACAGGGAGGUAGUUUUAAAAGGAGACCCGAAAAAGCUGAAUCUUCACGGGCAGACAUGUGCCGUGUGUUUGGAGGACUUCAAAGUGAAGGACGAGCUGGGAGUGUUGCCAUGCCAACAUGCUUUCCACAGGAGGUGUCUGGUGAAGUGGCUGGAGGUUCGCUGCGUCUGCCCCAUGUGCAACAAACCCAUAGCCGGCCCCCCCGAGCAGCACCACAGCAUAGGAACUCUGCUGGAUGAACUGGUUUAA